AUGGCCCUGUGGACGCGCCUCCUGCCCCUGCUGGCCCUGCUGGCCCUCUGGGCGCCCGCCCCGGCCCAGGCCUUCGUCAACCAGCACCUGUGCGGCUCCCACCUGGUAGAGGCGCUGUACCUGGUGUGCGGGGAGCGGGGCUUCUUCUACACGCCCAAGGACCGCCGGGCGCUGCCCGAGCUGCAGGCAUCUCCCCGGCCCCGGCCUCGCCCCCCUCCUCGGCCACUUUGGGCGCCCCGGCCAGAGCAGCCCCUGCCUCGGCGGCGGCAGCUGCUCAUACCAGCCCGGCCGGCGGCUCCUCGGCCGGGCAGCUGGGGCAGAGAGCCUGGGGCAGCGGCGACUCCCCGGUCCUUUUUGUCCACCGCCCGGGAGCGUCGGGGGGCACCCAGCCGCUGGAGCACAGGGGCCGCAGGGUCACGGCCGAGCUCCAGGAGGAGGAGGCGGGGACGGACUCCAUCCCGCGGCCCCAGGACGCGGCCGCCCCGCCGGCUCAGCCCCCGGCCCGGCCCGCGCGCCAGCCCCGCCGGAGGCCCCGGCAGAAGCCGCCCAGAGCCGCCCGCGAGCACAGCCCCCAGGCCGGCUGCUGCGGCCUGUGCCCCUGGCUUGCCCGCCCGGCCCCCCAGCACUGA